UAACUCUUAAGCAAAAACAGCGACAACUGACACAACAUAGUGGACGACAUGGAAUUCAAGGAUAUUGAUGAUUUUGAAGAUGCAAGCCCCCAAAAGGCAAAUAAAAUGACGCGUGACAGGUACAUUGAUAGCCAAGCAAAGGAUUCAGUAGGUGAUGAAAUAAGCUGGGAACCGAAACGACUCGACAAUGGCAAAUGGGCUUGUAACCAUAAAUGCAAAAACAAAGCCACCACAUGUGUUGUCGGGAGGGUGUUGACAAGCCGCCUAAACCCCCCAAGAGACGCCACAUUGGCCCUGUGCCCACUGCCGCAGGUAUUCAUACAGCCCCGGAAUCAGCAUCAGAAUGCCGGAAUGAGGGACAAGAAUCACUUGCCUCACCACGAACAAAAUUCUCGGAACGUCUUUCGGAAAACUCGAACAACGGAUUUGAGGGUCUUCAGGUGACGGGCGACAUUCAUCGAAGAGGCAAGGCCAGAAGUCCCCCUAAACCUAAGGAGCUACAGAGACUUGAGCGGAUGCAUGCAGAAAUUCAGUCAGAUAUUCCAAUAUGCAAGCUGAUCGCGGACAGAAAAGAUCCCGCCAGUGUGUUUCCGAAGGUUCCGUCUCAGCCCAGUGACAAAAUUGGUAUAACAUCCAGGCUUCAGGACGAUUCCGAUAUUUUUGACAGCGACUUGUGGAUGGAUGAAUUCCCAUCUCCUAAGGACCUAGCCAAUAAUAAAGUGUCACAGCAACUGUCAGCGUUGCGGCCUGCCGAUAAAAGGCCUGGUCAAUCUUCGCCGUGGCAAGACGAUGAUAUUUCAGAUAUUGAGGAUUCCCGUAUCGGGUUGGACAUUUUGCAACGACAGAGAAGAGCUGAUACUCCAGCACAGCGUGGCAUGGCCAAAGAAAAAGAUAUCCUUCAGACCUCUGAUUUAAUAUUUUCAAGUUCUCCGAAGAAGCUUCCGCUGUUGAAGCGGCCGUUCCGGGAUGAGAAAAAGCGAAAAGAGGCCUCGCUUUUUGUUUCAACGAGCAGCACUGAGCCCUCACCUGAGAGGCCUGAGAACUUUUUUAACAUGAAUACCGAGACUCCGAAAUUAUUCGGAAACAACCACCAAAGAUCAACCAUGUUAAAUAAAUUCCAGUAUACGCCAGCGUCGAAAAAAAUUCGCCUGGAGGGAGUUAUUGGAAGAGGAUGUAACGCCGCCCACAACCGAGACAAAGAUAUGAGAUCGCAUGAGAGACAUCAUGAAGCAAAUAAUAUGGAGAACAUUUCAAACAUUUCACCGGUCUGGGAAGGCUUUACUCUCCCAUUUCCCCAGUGAAGGAACUAAAUUUAUUUCAUGAUGUGGUCGCCUAGGGAAACUCAUCCACGAUCAGCUCAGUGCAAUUUGCUCCUUUUGGAAAUUCUAAUCUCUAGACAAAUAGGGCGCUUUCUUAUUAGCUUUAAGUUCCUAAUAGCUUACAGUUUUUAUAGCCCAGUCCAAUGCUUUUGUUGUGUUCAUCAUCACCGCAUCAUGAUUUUUCCGGUGCGCUAUUCUUGUUUACAUCAGAUUUGGACCGAGGAAAUGACAGAUCAUAAACGUUAACAUAUCUUAUCAAUCAAAAUUACAUAAGCGCA